CGGCGGGGUGCGGUCCCGGGGGCUGGACGCAGUUUCGGGAGCUGACGGGCUACUGGGGAGCCGCGCGGCCGGGGUGCUGCCGCCCUCCCCCCAGAAGCUCCAGCCCGCCCUGCUGCACGGAGACCCCGGGCCCUCCCGGGGCAGGAAGCGGCACUGCAGAUGGCGCUGCCCACCCUGUCCUGCUCGUGGGGCGGACACAGGCCUGCGGAGCGGCAGCAGGCCCGGCAGCGCCAGCGCGAGCAGGAGGCCCGGCAGCGGGGGCAGUGGGACCAGAACAGCCGCUACUUCCGCCUGUCGGAUGUGCGCAGCUCCAAGCAGGCCGAGUGGAGCUCUCAGGCCUCCUACCUGCGCAGCAUGCACGCCUACCAGCGCGAGAAGCUGCAGCAGGCGGCCAGGCAGCACCUGGAGGCCCGGCGGGAGCGGCUGCGACAACUGCUGGUGGAGGAGCAGGACCUGCUGGCCCGGGAGCUGGAGGAGCUGAGCCUGGAUGGCCGUGAGAGCAGACUCCGGGCGCGGCACGGGAGCCUCAGGGCGGCCAGAGAGGAGCAGAGGAGGCGGACGGCUGAGCAGCUCCUGUACGAGCACUGGAGGAACAACAACUCCAAGCUCCGGGAGAUGGAGCUGGACCUUCACAAGAAGCACGUGAUCGACUCCUGGGGGGCGCAGAGAGAGGAGAAGAAGCAGCAAGAGGCCAAGGAGGAGAAGGAGAACGAGCAGCAAGAGAACGAAUACGAGGCGGCCCGGAGGGAGGCGCUGGCCCGCCUGCGGGCUGAGGAGGAGAGGCGGCGGCAGCAGGAGAGGCUGCGGGCCGAGGAGCUGCGGCAGCAGGUGCAGGAGCUGCGGCUGAAGGAGACGGAGGCCACCAAGCUGCAGAAGGAGCAGGAGAACCUGCUGACCCAGCGCUGGGAGCUGCAGAGGCUGGAGGACGAGAGGAAGCAGAUGGCGGCGCUCAGGCAGAAGGCGGAGCUGGGGCGCUUCCUGAGACACCAGUAUAACGUGCAGCUGCACCAGCGCGCCCGGCAGGUCCAGGAGGAGCUGGAGGCAGACAGGCGCAUCCUGGAGGCCCUACUGGAGGAAGAGGCAGCGGAGCAGCGCCGGGAACAGGCCCGGCGAGACCAGGCCCUGGCGGAUGCCGCCCAGAUGAAGCGCGCCAUCGAGGAGCAGCUGCGGCUGGAGCAGGAGCGGGAGGCAGAGCUGCAGAUGCUGCUGAGGGAGGAGGCCAAGGAGGUGUGGAAACAGAGAGAGGCCGAGUGGGCCCGAGAGCAGAGCGCCCGGGACAGACUGAUGAGCGAGGUUCUGGCAGGGCGACAGCAGCAGAUUCAAGAGAAGAUCGAGCAGAACCGACGGGCGCAGGAGGAGGCCCUGAGGCUCAGGGAGCAGCUGAUCCGCAGCCUGGAGGAGGCCAGGGAGUCGGCCCUGCGGGAGAGGGAGGAGAGCGAGGAGCGCAAGUCUGCCCGGAAGCGGGAGCUGGAGGCCCAGGUCGCAGAGCAGCAGCUGCAGCUGCAGGAGGCCGACCAGCAGGAGGUGGCAGCGCAGGAGGCGGCCAGGCAGGCGGAGCAGCUCUCGGAUGCCCUUCUGCAGCGUGAAGCCACCCUGCUGGCCAGACAGGGCUUCCGGCCCAAGCCUCACGGGCGCCCCAGGGUCGCGUGGGACUGACUGCUGGGGUGCCCGGCCGCCAGCCCCCAGCAGGAGGCCCACCCGCCCCUCCUCCACGAGAGGUUUUAUCCAUGUGUGGACUGUGCUGCACGCCGCCCUGUGACCUGGCCGUAAAUGACAUUCGAUCCCAAGUCCGCUGGGGGUGUGGCCGCACUCGGGGACGCGACAUGUGGCCCCACUGUCCUCGGCCUCCAGCGGAGACUCCGGCCGGAGAGCUGGGGCCAGUCUACUCUCUCUUGCUGCCGCAGACGUGUCGCCGUUCUCUGGCCAGCCAGCUGCGGUCUGGGGCAGCUCAGCUCAGCUCGUGGGCCCAGUGCUCCCACCCAGAGCAUACCUUGUAUUCUGCAAGAAGCCAGUGAGCCCCGUGGGAGCUGACAGGGCUGCUCCCCAGACAGCUGAGGGGUGUCUCCUGCAGGGACACGGGGAAGGGACCACAGUGCCUGUGCUCAGGAGGGAUUCCGGAGGGGCAGGUCUAGCCGGCCCUCCGGCCUGCACUUUGAACACCAAUUUGGGGGACCUUGGGGCUGUGAAGAGGCGCCAAGGGACAGAGACACUGAAGCUGAGGAAACCAGCUCAGGCUCAGCCACCGUGAGACCAGAGGCUCGCCCCAGUGGCACAGUGCUCAGCGGGCACGGCAGACACACCUGUCCCUGCGGUGGUCACCAUCUUCUCUUUAUGACUUCCGUUUCUUUUCAGACUUUUCCUGACUUUUAUGUUGUGUCCCUUGGGCCAGCUCAGCUGUGAAGACCUCAGCCUGGCUGUCUUGUCUGGAAUUCCCCGGGGCCCCACUUCCAUUAUGUUCGUUCACACUGAUUUCCCGACGUCGGCGCUUCAUUGAUGGUGAAAUAAAGUUUGGCUUUGACCGAU